GCCGUAUUUCGCACUGGUGUCGGAAGCAUUACACCCGGCCCUCUGCUGUCCUGUCCCGUGACUCUCAGCCCACGGGCCACGCACAGCCCCGGACUCCCCCCUCCCCUCCGCUAUGGCCGCGCGGUUGGUCACGUCCAGACAAAUUCAGAAUGGCCACACCGGCCUGGAUCUGUGGGUCCCUGAGUAUCAGGAGAUACGCGGGCGGAUGAUGACCGGGCACGUAGAAUACCAAAUCGUCGUCGUUACCAACCUGCCUGUUUUCAAAUCUGCCAGACAUAAGCCUGAAGAUGUGGUGCAGUUUGUCGUGUUUCGGAAGUAUAGCGAGAUUGAGGAGUUCUAUCAGAAGAUAUCUGCCUGUUAUCCCAAAAUCUCCUUGCCAUCUUUUCCAAGAAAGGUUUUAUUUGUGGGUGAAUCUGAUAUCCGAGAACGAAGGGCGGCUUUCAACGAUAUCGUCAAAGCCAUCUCCAAGGAGAAGGAACUGGUCACUUGUCCGGAGCUGCUGGAUUUCCUAGGAACGAGGUCCUCAGACUUUGUUGACUUGAAAGGAGAAAAGCAUCACACGAUUCAGUCUGAAGAGGGGGAUUUCUUUAAAAACGAGGAAUCCUCUACGGAAGAACUUCUUGCAUCCAUUAAACAAAACAAACCUUCCGAAAGCCAGGAGAACGAAGAUGAAGAAGAGGAGGAAGAGGUCGAUUUUGACCCUCUUGGAAUCAUCAAGACCAAAAGGGUAAAGAAUCCGGUGAAAGCGAAGAAGGCGGAAGAACCGAAAGUGAAACCCAAGCCCAAAAUGAGUCUUUUCGAUGAUGAAGUGGAUCCCGAUGCCGAGCUCUUUGAACCGACCAAGGAACCCGCAUCCGGCACAAAGAAACCGUUCAGCGCGUCGCAUGACAUAAAAUUAUUUGAAGAACAAGACCUCGGAGGCAGCGUGAAGUUAGGGGAUUCGCUUUUGCUGCCCUCGGCCUGCACCGCCGAUCGUUCCUUUAAGCCGUCGCAUGAUGAGGACAUUGAUGAGUUAUUCAGGUAACCGGCCCGUUUCAUACGCAAGGUU